AAGUUUCCGAGGGACCCUGAAGGCAGCUCACAGCCACAGUGCGCUUGAGAACAUCACCGAGCUCAGCUACAUGGUAGAGUCAUGCUUCUCUCUAUAUUGUAGCUUUGUGUCAUGGCUAAACAGUACGACGUUUUGGUCAGGCUGCUCAUGCUGGGGGACUCGGGGGUCGGGAAGACUUGCAUGUUGCGCAGGUUCACGGAAAGUGAAUUUAACCCUACACAUAUCUCAACAAUCGGAGUUGACUUCAAGAUGAAAACACUUGAAAUAGAUGGCGUCAAGGUGCGAGUACAGAUAUGGGACACAGCUGGUCAGGAGCGGUAUAAGACCAUUACCAAACAGUACUACAGGAGAGCACAGGGCAUCGUUUUCGUCUACGACAUCACUAACAGGCUGUCCUUUCAGCACCUGGCGAUGUGGGCCACUGAUGUGGAUGAAUUUGCCCCAGAUAAGGUGCAGAGGAUUUUAGUUGGAAACAAGUCCGAUGAUGAGCCCAGCAGGGAGGUGACAAGGGACCAAGGAAGCAAGUUGGCAGAAACCUAUGGGAUGGACUUCUUUGAGACCAGUGCCUCCACCAGCACUAACAUCUCUGAGUCCUUCACACGAGCGACAGAACUGGUGCUGCAGGCUCACAUGAGAGACGUGGACGACCUGCUGGGAUCUCUUGAUGACUACCUGGAGAAGGCUGCUCUGGAGACAGAGAAAGGCAAUCAAGAUACUGAUGAAAACACCCGAAAGCCCUGCGCCUGUUGAAAAGAGAGACAUCCCGGUGCCACGGCUGAUGCUAAAGCCAAUAUUUUCCCCACCGUGACUUGACUCAUUCUUGUCUACCUUCCUCAUACCUCAUGACCUGUUGGCUGAGAAGGUGCUCGAAUGGUUUCACUUUACAAAGUCAAUACAGUGACAUGCUGAUAAAUACUGUUACCAUAAGCGACCAGCAGAGGGCAGUUUUUUGCUUGUUGAAUUAACCAUGCUGAGUCUUCACCAUCAGUUUACCGUUUUCCACAGCGUCUGCUAUUUUGUUGCAUUUUAGAACUAAGAAAAAAGUCUUAACAUAUAUAGAUUGAUUUAAAAUGUACAGACCCAUAUGAGAAGCUGCUUAUGGGGGCUGCAAACAGAAACAUGCUUAAACACGGUAGCCUGAGGAUGGUGUUGAAUUAUUCACACCUCGAAACUCAAACCAAGCAGGGGUGGAUUCAUUUACACAACGGACUUACUUCCUCAGGAGAGACAGUGUCGUGCCUUGUCAGUUGACCUUUCUGAAUGGAGUACAUAUUUAUUUUCCAGCCUGAAUGUAUAUGUACAGUUUUUUUUAUGUGUGACUGCCAUUGCCUCCUGUAUGUUAUGCACUUAAGCAAUGUGACAGCAGUUUAGCAUAGUGUUUUUGGGUCUGUUGAGGUGCCAUACAAAAUAUAGUUUUAAUCUAAUUAUUGAAACCUAAAGAUGUUCCAAUCAAGCCAUGAAUGAGUGAAUAAAUUAAAUGUGUUGUAUUUGAAAGUAGUUUAUUGGAAGUCUGAGCCUUGCUGAGUCACUAAAUUUGGAUCGAGAGUGAAGUGAGGUCCUAAGAGAGCUCAAACAAUUGGUUCAUUCAUUUUUUAUCACCUGCUUUGAAAGACAGGUGAUCACAUGUUUAACCUUCAAUGAAUGGAGACAUUGGAUACACAGAUACCAUACAAUGACAAACAUACAAUUAUGAACAAUGUUUCCUAAAUAACUAUGCUUUUGAUAGGGAAAUUCAUGCUGGGAUAAUAACCAGAUUUUAGUUGAUUUUCAGGUAUUGACAUUAUUUCGGCUGAUAAACAUUUCAAAUUUAAACACUUCUCAAAGUUUCACAAGAAUAGAACAACGCACCUUGAUGCAAAUAAUGCAAAAACCAC